UAAAGUUGCAGUUAUAAUGAAUUUGUUCCUCAAAUUUAAAUUUUCCAAAUUGUUUAAAUGCAUUGUAAAAAAACUGUCAACCUUCAUCUUUAUGUCCUCCUGAUGACAAACACAGCACUCUUUUUUUCCCCUGACAAAAGGGAGGGAGGGCUUCUCACCGGGCUAUCAAUAUUACAUGAUUAAGUUGAGCCUUUAAUGUGAAAUAAUGGUCGCGAGAAGCAUGAGGCUUUCAAAGACACACGUUGCUUUUAGCUCAGAAAAACCACCAGAAGCAAAUGUUAUUUUUAAAAUGUAAGGUAUCUGUGUGUGGCGAUGUGACCAUGCACCACAAACAGUGUAGGAUAGAGGGAUGGAUGGAUAGACACUUUAUUCAUCCUGUGAGCAAGCUUCAAACAGUAUGUAGGGUAUCAUCCAAACGCACUGAUCCCUUGAAAGAAAAUGUGACACGAGUCUGUAUCCAGUAUUUUUGGUGCUUAAUGUCAAUACCCCCCCCAUCCUAUCGGCAUCAAUAGCAUUGCUGUCGAAAAUGUACUUUACUGGGUUAAUGUGACAUUUUUGGCUUGGUGGAGUGCCAGGAGAUUUUUUUUCCCAAUGUCAAAUACGUUCCUUGGCUCAGUGAAGCUUGUGUGAUACAUGGUGCUGGAACCCCAACGCAGUGUUUCGAUGGCCGUCAGUGACCAUAAUUCUCCUCAGCACUCGGCAAGCUUCCAGGCUGUGUCACGGCCACUGACCGGACUAGCUGUUUCCUUCGGUGGCAUCUAUCGUAUCUUCUCCGCGAGGCCAUUUGUCCUAGCCUAAGAGGAAACGACAUCACUUUGCCACAACUCGCAUCCUCGCGUGUCACGUCCGCGGGAUGCUCGACAGUGCAAGAAGAGAGGGUGGUUAGUUCGGGAUGCGGCCGGGUCAGACGGAGUUAAGCAAACAAUGAAAGCAGAAUGGGAUGGGCCCGGGCUUUAGCUGUCUGGCCGAGCCUUGGCGUUCGAGCCGGGCCACUGGCAUCAACGUUUUUUUUAGUCUCGCAUUGGGAGUUAUCAGAGCAUGUAGGCACAAACGCAGUCACGGGCUUGUCGUCGUAGUAACGACAUCUCUCUUGGGGGGCUGCUAAGAGUCCGCGAGCUAUCCUGAAUCAUCACUUGUACCGACGCCCCCGCCAUCCCCAAGGGAUUCCAAGGCUCGUUGUUUUUUUGUGGUGGAUAAUGGAGCCAUUAGAGAUGCACUUAUGGUCCAGCAUGUGACCAGGAUCUGAGUGCAUCGGAGCAUUUGGCCAUGGCCUACCUCCAGCACUUGACUGGUUCAAAGACACUGGGCAUUUGUUACUAGGUUUGUCAGGGCUUUCCAGCAUGUUCGGUAAGAAGAAGAAACGGCUGGAGAUCUCGGCCCCAUCCAAUUUCGAGCACCGGGUCCACACGGGCUUCGAUCCACGGGAGCAGAGGUUCACGGGGCUGCCGCAGCAAUGGCAGAGCCUCCUGGCCGACACCGCCAACCGGCCAAAGCCCAUGGUGGACCCCUCCUACAUCACCCCCAUCCAGCUUGCACCCAUGAAGAUAUCUCCCAAGAAGGUCCGGCUGUCCGAAACGCCCAAAACAAUCGUGCGGGGGAACCGGCCCCCCAAAGACGCAUCCAUCAAUGGCCUGCUGGAGGAGUUUGACAACAUCUCUGUGACGCGUUCCAAUUCAUUGCGAAAGGAGAGUCCACCGGGCGCUCACCAGGCGGGCGCUGGCUCCAGGACCUCAGCGGGCGCCCAUGCCGGCGGCCCAGAGGAGAAUGGCUUUGGCCACUAUUACUCGCGCUACUCUUGCGAUCUGGACACCUCCGGGAGCCGGGACUACUCUCUGGACAAGCCCGGCUUCUCUGCUGACGGCGAAUGGGCCCUGGGCCGCCAUUACCGCUUCACCAAGCACAACGGCCAUUCGCACCACAUCCGCAGCCCCUUCUACCCGGACGCCAUGCCCCAAAAGUCGGACUAUGGCAAGCUCCCGCCAGACUACCACACCUACCUGGAGAGCAAGGGGCGCUCCAUCGACGAGGUGGCGUCCACGGUGGGGAGCGGGGUGGGUUCCAGUGGCUACUACCGGGCGUCGGUGGGCGGCUCGUCCAGCCAGGACUACCGGGACACGUCGGUGGGAACCCCGUCCCGUGCCUCCCUUCAUAGCGAGCAGAUCAACUACCCCGACAGCGAGUGGAGCUACGGUGGCAUGCGGGACGACUACGACAAGAGGCCCAAGAGCUCAUACGUGAUGCAGACCAGCCCCAUGCCGGCCAUCAGACAGAGGUCUCGCUCGGGGUCCGGUCUCCAGGAACACAAUGUCCCCUAUGUGGCGGGUGGUCCCUUCAAGAACCCUGCCCAAGCCCACCCAUACAGCUCAUACACCUACCCACGCCUGUCAGAGAGCCUCGCCGCCUCACAGACCAUCAACAAGGGUGACUACGAGCGUCCGUCGCGGGACGGCAGCCCCCACGCAACGGCCGGAGACACCUACCCCCGCGGGCCCCUCAAGCUACCUCAGAACCACGCCAAGCCCCCCGGCUACCCGCCCAUACACCUGCCCUACCCGCCCGUCUUUCACCAUUACAAGCCGUCGCCCUACCACCAUCCGCCCUCCCAGCCUAGCCCGCCAUACACCCCACAGCCAUCGUCACCCUACAUCCCCCCGGGGGCGUACCCUCCUCCCUCGUGGGGCUCCAGCUCUGACACUCAGCCCUCCAGAGUGUCGCACGAGCAGUUCCGAGCCGCACUGCAGCUAGUAGUCAAUCCAGGUGACCCCCGUGAAUACCUGGACAGCUUCAUCAAGAUCGGUGAGGGCUCCACAGGCAUCGUGUGCAUCGCCAACGAGAAAAACAGUGGAAAACAGGUGGCUGUCAAGAAGAUGGACCUGAGGAAGCAGCAGAGGAGGGAGCUGCUCUUCAAUGAGGUAGUUAUCAUGAGGGACUACCACCAUGAGAACGUAGUGGACAUGUACAAUAGCUACCUGGUGGGAGACGAGCUGUGGGUGGUCAUGGAGUUCCUGGAGGGAGGGGCGCUCACUGACAUCGUCACACACACCAGGAUGAACGAGGAGCAGAUUGCUACGGUGUGCUUGUCGGUGCUGCGUGCCCUGUGCUACCUUCACACGCAAGGUGUCAUCCACCGAGACAUCAAAAGUGAUUCCAUCCUUCUCACCAGCGAUGGACGGAUCAAGCUGUCCGACUUUGGCUUUUGUGCCCAAGUGUCCAAAGAGGUGCCCAAGAGGAAGUCACUGGUAGGGACACCAUAUUGGAUGGCGCCGGAAGUCAUCUCCAGACUGCCUUAUGGAACAGAGGUAGAUGUGUGGUCGCUGGGCAUCAUGGUGAUUGAAAUGGUAGAUGGUGAGCCCCCGUACUUUAACGAGCCCCCCUUGCAAGCCAUGAGGAGGAUACGUGACAACCUGCCUCCGCGACUAAAAGAGUUGCAUAAGGUGUCAUCGGUGCUGCGUUCCUUCCUGGACCUGAUGCUGGUACGCGAGCCUUCCCAGCGAUCCACCGCACAGGAGCUUCUCCAGCAUCCCUUCCUCAAACUGUCGGGACCACCGUCCUGCAUCGUGCCCCUCAUGAGACACUACCGCCACCGCUGAAAACACACACACACACACACACACUUCGGUGGUGACUGCCAUCCUGCCCACCCAUUGUCAAAACUGAUUCCUCUUGUAACCGUGACGUAGAUUAGUUAACCGACAGACAUGCAAAAACAACUAUGAGGAAAUUAUGGAACUCUGAAGCGGACUCCUGUUGUUUUAGGCCUGUGUGGGCGAAUAACUACCCACACUCCAGCUGCACAUGUAUUUUCAGAGCAACUUGUAAGAUUGAGUGUACAGUUUUGAUAACUUUGAGUAUUUGAUGGUGUGGUAGCCAUUGUGUUUGGAGCAGUAUUCAGUAGACCUUCCUCAGCUUUAUAAUUUAUGAAAACAUUUUUUCAUAAACAAAUGUAUAUAAACACACACACACACAAAUACACAGAUCUAGAUCUGACGAUAUACAGCUACUGUACUGUCGACUGAUCUCGAUCUCUAGAUCUACAUAUUUUGAUAUACACACAUAAACAUGAAAAAUUCCAAAUAUCCCACUUUAACCCACCUGUUACUAUAAAAAGAAGCAACUAAAUAUAUAUUACCACUAUCCAUCUUUGUAGACAGAACUUCAAAACUUUGGGCAAAAAAGGGUAAGUUAAGGCAUUUUCUAUGAGCUUUUUAAAGUAUUUAUUUAUUGCAAUUCAUUUUUGUCAAGUGUGGCCUUUUUUUCUUUUUUUAAUCAGUCAUUUUAUUGUUUAAAUUAUUGAAUGAACAAGAAACCCAGCGGUCGAUAACGAUCUCUUCAAAUACACUCAAAUGCAAUGAAACUGUGACUUCACUUUGUUUUUGUGUCAAGACAUUAAUGGACAUUUAAAUGAUUGAAUGAUAAUUUAUGAAUAGGAUUACACAUUUUAUGAUCUUGUCAAUUCAACACAAAAAUAAAAACCCUUUGAAACGUUUUUUUCACUAAAAUAAACAUGAAUACUGUACCAAAUAGAUAAUAAAAAAAGACCAUUGAUGUCACAUGAAUGUUGUGGACAAAAAAAAAAAAAGACACUUUGGCAAAACUCGAUCAUUGCGGUCGGGCAGAAUCCUCACUCUUUAGUGAGCCAACGCAGCAUCGUUCACCUCGAAACUAUAC